GCUGAACUCACGUGCUUGUUCUCUUCCUCGAAGGCGGUGCCUACUACUAGCUGCCGGUGGGAAGGGCUGUUGUUGUUUGUAGGGAAAGUACUUCAAAAAAGUGCAAAAACUCUUCAAAAAUGGGAACCCGAGAUGACGAGUACGACUACUUGUUCAAAGUCGUACUAAUUGGAGACUCAGGUGUGGGGAAGAGUAACCUGCUGUCCCGUUUCACGAGAAAUGAGUUCAACCUGGAGAGCAAGAGCACCAUCGGGGUGGAGUUCGCCACCCGCAGCAUCCAGGUGGACGGCAAGACGAUAAAGGCUCAAAUCUGGGACACGGCUGGACAGGAACGCUACAGAGCCAUCACCUCAGCGUAUUACCGGGGUGCUGUCGGAGCUCUCCUAGUCUAUGACAUCGCCAAGCACCUGACAUACGAGAACGUCGAGCGCUGGCUGAAGGAGCUGAGGGACCAUGCUGACAACAACAUCGUCAUCAUGCUGGUGGGAAACAAGAGCGACCUCCGCCACCUCAGGGCAGUGCCCACCGAUGAGGCUCGAGCUUUCUCAGAAAAGAACACUCUCUCAUUCAUUGAAACCUCAGCCUUGGACUCCACUAACGUAGAAGAAGCCUUUAAGAACAUUCUCACAGAAAUCUACCGUAUCGUAUCUCAGAAGCAAAUAUCAGACAGAUCCGGAAGUGAUGAGUCUCCAGGAAACAAUGUAGUGGACAUAAGCCUCCCCCCAACCUCGGACGGGCAGAGAGGCAGCAAACUCCCUUGCUGCCAAAGCCUGUGACACUCAUGUUUUCUGUCCCUGUUUGACUCUCUGUCAGUCUUUCCUCUCUUUACCUCUGGUUUACUUCAACUGUCAUGCUGCUGUCAUCACGAUAACCCUUGUGGGUUCAGAAGUUUCCAACACCAAGACUCUUGUAUUUGACAUUCCUUUUUUUUGCUGGUUUCUAUCUACGUUUUUUUCUUUUCUUGGUAUGUUUGUCUUCCUCUGAUUUUAGAAGAGCCUGUGUCUAAAAAAACAAACAAACUAUACAGCAUCAUAAUAGCGUGUUAUGAGGUUGCUCUUAAAGCUGUAGUAAACUGCAAUUUCUUUUUAAUUAACUAGCCUUUAUGGUCCCAUUGACCUGCUCCUGUUAAAGGAAUGGUGAGGGAUCAGUAGACUGUGUAUCAGUGCUUCAAGUGGUUUUCUACUCGCCUCCUUUUCGCUGCUUGCAGUGAUACAGACUUGCAACAGUGGAAUCCCAAUUUCAUGUUUGGUUGACCUGAUUCUGCCUAUCAUGCACUACAAGUCUAGAGGAGGAGAUGAGAAGAAGGUGCCACUGGAGUAUUGAUGUGUACUCUGUCUGGAGUUCUUCUGUUUGCCUCUUCAAUUUUAAUUGAGCCCCGUGCCCGCUGAGGCAUGAAAUUAGCAUGAGCCAGGGUCCAGACUGGCUGUGACUGUCUGAGUUGAUAUGGGCAAGUGUGAAACAAAUGAAAGUGUUUUUAUUUGUGCGGUUGAGUGUGUGUGUGUGUGUGUGUGUGUGUGAAUCAAAGAUACCAAAGGAAACAGAUGCAAUCAUCAUCAGUUAUAGAUUUUCUCAUUAAAGCGCGUUCAAGGCUGCUAAGAUUACAUUUCAUUGCUGUACUUGGCAAACCUAUCUGGGGCUUUUACUGCAACGAAGAAAAAAAAAAUCAGUAAUGCUUUACAACAAAAGUAAUGUUCGAAAUUGUGCUGUGUGAUUUAUUGUUUGUGAAAUAAUGGAAUCAGCCUGGAAUCAAGCCUUGUUUCCGCUCUUUCAGUCGGCUCAGGUCGGACUCUCUUUCAGCAGGCUGAGUCGAAAUGGAACUCUUUUUUUCGUUUGCACUUAUGUCCAAUAAUUUCACCAGAACAAAUCACCAUUUGUUUGAAAAAAAUUACACGUAACAUCUUUAUCAAGUAACAUUUUCCUGUUGGUUGUAAAGGAAAGUGCUGAAAAGAAUAAAAACAUGCACUGUAUGCUUUUUUUUGUGUAUGUGUUUCCUCUCAUGUACUCCGUCGACCUUUUGCUGUCAUUUGAAUGUGAUAUCUGUUGAAGGGAAAUGGAUAAAGACGUGUGCGAUCUGAAAUUCUCGUCAUUUAACACUUUCACUCAGCCACUUUAACGGUUGUCAGUCGGGAAGGUGGAACUGAAAAUAAGAAAUGCAAAUGUGCACGGUUGGCUGAACUUUCCCUUUCACGGUCAUCUGGUAGAAAUCUUUCAUGUGUGAUUGAUUCGAUACGUUGCUUCUCUUAUGACAUGUCACAUCUCUUAAAAAAAAAAAAGAUUGUCAAGGCAGCGGAUGUAAACAUGUUUUGCUACUUUCACAUUACAGAGGAAACGCUGAAGCCUAAAUAAACUUAAUCCACAUGACUGUUUA